CUAUUUGAAUCAAGGUCAGUCUAGAGUCGCUCAAAGGUCGUCCAUGAAUUAGUCUCACUAUGAACAGCCAUAAAGUAUUCACGUGAUAUCCCAAACUACUAGUGAAUCAUCAUGACAAUAGAAGAUCCAGACCUUGAGGCUGGGAAAAAUAUUGAUGUCGACGAACUACUAGCGUCAUUUGCAAUUGACUUACCUGAUGAACACACCGAUCCUGAGAAGUUACUACGCAAAGAGUUAUUAUCACUUAAGCAAAUGAGAAAAACCCUUAGUGAUAUUGAUCAUGAAGUUAAGAAAUGUGAACGUAAAGAAGAGAAAUCGAAAGCUAUGAAACCAAGAGAAAAAGCUAAAGAGGAAGCGAUGAAGCUUCUUAAGUCAGGAGCAAUAUCAAUUGAGAAUAAAAAUGAGCGUCACACAUUUAAACGUAAACCUAAGGAAAGUGAAGAAGAUGAGGUGCCAGGACCCAACAUGAACUUAAAGGUAAAACAGUCACUCUACCGCAAUUUUCUACCUGGUCCAAUACUUAACGCGUUGGGACCUGAGGAAAAAAAAGUAGACGUCUUAUCUAACCAUAAAGCGGCUACUUGUGAAGGUAACUGUACGGAUGCUUCUGAGACCUUACAAACUAAGAGGAAACAGCAGUUCAACCUCCUACUGGAUGACAAAAAUUUGGAUACGGACCAAAUAACGGAUGUUUCAGAUUCAUGCAGUGUCGAUCAGUUACAUUCUCCGAACCGACCAGCGCACUCUACCUUAUAUGUUGGAUAUCAUAAUAUCACUGAAUCUUUUAUUCAUGAUGUUUUCAAGCCUCAUGGUACCGUUGUAAGGAUUAGGAUUGGUAAUCCUUCCAACCAUGCCUACGUUACAAUGGCUACGAAUCAAAUGGCCCAAAGUGCAUUGAAGCUAGAUCACCAAAUGGUAAGCAAUCGUCUUUUGCGUGUAUCGUUUGCUCGGAGACCUUUCCACGUGAAACCUUUUUCACCUACAAAAUAUAGUCCAUAUCGGUCAUUUCGAAAACCAGCUUGCUGUAAAUCGAACGAGGAGCCUUCAAACAGAAUAUCAAGCGAACUUAAUCGAGAUCUAAUUACUUAUGAGGACUUGUAUUCUGAUAAAUGAACUGUACAAUUAUAUUUAAUAAACUGUUAAACAGAAAUCGAACUCUUAAUUCAUUUUUUCAUAUGUGAAUGUAUUUUUCCUGUGCUUUCGAAAAUUCUUCCUAGUUCUAUUGUCAUUCAUAACACAUGAAAAGGUCCUUUUAUAGAUGUAUAUCCCUUUUACGGAUCUGUAGAAAAUGGGACAAGAAUGUAAUAUGCUGCAACGUUCAUCAUAAAUCAGCAAUCAUUGCACUUAGAAAAACAUUCGGCAGUUACAAAUCGACUGGACGACUUACAGUUGAACUGAGGGAUGUUUGUCAGUGUAGACUACCUGGAUACGCUAUGUGUGGUACUCAGUCAAUGGCUAGGGACUUCAAAUGAUAUGACUCAGAAUCGCUCACAAUGGUGCAGGUUCAUUCGCGCUUUGUCUUACGUUGAACCUUAAGUUUGUAGACUGUCUUAUACCUUUUCCACGUUUUCUAUACCUAAUUUCCCUAUCACUAAUGAUACUGUUAUUACUUCUACUAUGGGAUUUGUCUUGAUAGUUUUAUCUCUCUGUGCUAAUGGUGUGUGGCAACUUGGUUUGAUGAACACAUGUGCUAGGUUCUACGUUGCACAUGACUGGCUGAUAUGAAGGCUAGUUAUACUGAUCAGCUACUUAGUUAAUGACUGGAUAGACCGGGGCAAGUGAUGUGGAGUGUAUGGUUGCAACUUAAAUGUGUUGUAGCCAAUAAACUGCAUUCUAGAGUAGAGUGGGGAUACAAACAUAUGGUGUAGUGGGUUAAAGGAAUAUAUCGAACCGCAUGGCAAAAUAGAUGAGUUGGUUCGUUUGCGACUAAAAGCCGUAAUAAAAGGGAUGUAUCUGUCAGUCAAGCCGAAGUUUGUAUCAAAUGAAUCGCUCGUUGAGGCGGUUAUAUGCAUACAGAUUUACUCCCAAUAGACCCUCCAUUUGUGUCUAUCACUCAACAUGUACAAGCCAAGCCUCAUACUUUGAGAGAACAGAAAGGAGGGUUGUUGUAUUCAUCACUGAGCACAGUCAACAGAAACUUGAACUCAAAGGAUACCAUUUCCAGUCGUGCGAUUGCUAGCUAUGUGCUUGACAGUCGGCAUGAUGUUGAUGUGUCAGUCUU